AUGUGCACGCUUCAGUACUCCACCAUUCUGUAUAUUCGCCCCAUCAUCUCCGUUUUCCGCCGCUUGUCCAACGUUCUCGUUUCCAUGCGAAGCCGACACUUCCGUUUGGAGACCAAUACCCGUAAGCUCUCGCUGUGGAUCGUCGACAAGAGGAGCGUCUUCCUCUGGGGUGUCUACAGGCUUGUCUUCUGCAGCUGCGGCAGUAGCUGUGAUGAGUCUGCCGCCACCGCCGCCGCAGCAGCAGCAUCUUCAGGUACCGAAUCCAAGGGCGACUCUCUUUGUGCUUCGCUACCUGCAGUAGCAGAUUUGCUCAAUCCUGAGGACUGA